CAAACUGAAAGAGUUGGCUGUGAUUCCUACAAAAUCAUGAAUGAGGAACUGACUUCAGCUGAUAUGAGGCAUAAUCAGAAGACACAGGAAACAGCUGAAUGCAGACAUAUGAACAAACUGUUUUAUGAGAAUUAUUUCAAAUCUGACAGCAUGAGAUAAAUCUGUCCUGUAGUCAGGACAUACUAAACGUUUUUGUUCACGUCACAUCCUAACCUAACCUACAUUUAGAAUACGUCCUAAUAAUCACAGAACAGUAUGCCAAAAACAGGUAGCCAUGGCAAAUAUUCGCGCAUACUGAACAGUUUAGACACAAACAGGCCUAUUUCAUAUCAAACACUUUCAGAGUAAACAUUCACCUACCCAUACAUACUUUACAAGUUCAGUUUAUGGCAAGCAGAGGCAACUUUUGCCACAGACACACCCCUCAAACUUGGACGUGGAUGUCUGCGUUUCUGAUUGGUUGAGAACCACGACUGACAACACCUGCUUAACCGAUUCAUCAAAAUUGACACCCGUGCUACGGGAAAUAUAGCCAGCAUCCAUCCCGCUUCCACGCUCAUUCUGAGCGUCACAUCGAGCAGCAUCUGCGGCGUACCGGCACGCGCUCAAAGAAACUUGAUUUUUGCGGACAAACUCGAGGUUUGCAGAAAAUGUUGGUCAGAUUUGCAAUAGCGCUGAUGAUUUUCUCCGUCGUUGAGCGAGUAGAGGGAACGGAUACGAUCGAUGUUCAUGACAGUCACCCAGAGAAACCGGCAAGCCAGAAAGGACGUCUCUCCUUGCAAAACACAGCUGAGAUCCAGCAUUGCCUGGUGAAUGCCGGAGACGUAGGGUGUGGUGUGUUUGAGUGCUUCGAGAACAACUCGUGUGAAAUCCGGGGACUCCAGGAGAUCUGCAUGAACUUCUUACACAAUGCUGGCAAGUUUGACUCGCAGGGCAAGUCUUUCAUCAAAGACGCUCUGAGGUGCAUGGCCCACGGUCUGAGGCAUAAGUUCAGCUGUAUCAGUCGCAAGUGCCUGGCAAUAAGGGAUAUGGUGUUCCAACUGCAGCGCGAAUGCUACAUGAAACACAACUUGUGUUCGGCGGCGAAGGACAACGUUAACGUCAUUGUAGAGAUGAUCCGCUUCCAGGAUCUGCUUCCUAAAGGGCCAUACGUGGAGCUGGUGAACAUUCUCCUUUCCUGCGGUGAGGAGGUGAAGGAAGCGAUCGGCAGGAGCGUACGCCUGCAGUGCGAACAGAACUGGGGUGCCCUCUGUGAAACUCUGAGCUUCUGCUCCUCUCCGCCCCCCGAGCGCCGCCCCGCUGCCCCAUCACCCCCCGAACAGGAGCACCCUCGAGGCCCACGCCAAGGAGACAAAGACAGGCCUUCCAAGGGCGGCUCCGGAGCCCAUGGCAGGAGUCGGGGACAGGGCCCUCGCCGCGCCAGCCUCGACGUCAGCGUGGUUGACCAGGAGGACCCCGAGACUACAGAUAUCCGGAGGUAAAAGGCCAGGAAAUAUGGCCCUGCCCCGACCCCAUCACCCCGGACCACCCCACCCAUAGACCAGCACAGACUGAGUAACAGGAAGACGGUACUCAACCAAUGAAGCUCUCCCUUUCUCCUUUGCCCUCUAGCAGUCAUUCCAGCUCUCCCAGGCUGUGUUCUUCGGCAGGGUGUUUGUGAUGUGUCUCGUUUUGAUACUACAGCUUGUAGGUCGGAUACAUCUCUGUCAUCACAACAGUGGUUAUGGUUCAGCUCUAAUAUAGCAAUUGAAUUUGUUAAAUUCUACUCUUUAUGAAAUUUAAUCUAUUAUUUAUUUUAUUCCUUAUGCAAUGUUUGAAUAUAAAAUGUACAUAUAAAUCCAUGUAUACCUAUUAUUAUAUAAACUUGUAUAAAUAUAGCCGUCGUAUGUGGUACAUAUAUACUGUAUGUAAUAUAGUAUACACAGUAUACUAAAUUUAGAAUGCGUGUAUUAUUCACAUUAUUGCACCUAUUAUAUUUGAACUGUAGAUAUGUAACAUAUUUUUGUUUGUUUCAAAGCUGGAAAUGUAUGUGUUUCAAAGCUGGGCGUGCGUGUGUGUGUGUG